AAGGAGCGCGCCUUUGGAGGGAGUUGCAACACGAAUUGGUCGAAAAUUAGAAUAAAAUGUAAACAAGUAAAUCAUUCUCAAGAGGCAAAUGAGUAGCAUACAAACCGAAUUUAAAUAAAUAUCACACAAUGACUCAUUCAAACUAAUAUCAUAUUGCGUUGACCAAUCGUAAUUGCAGUAGUAAAUUCCAAACUGUAAACACUUUUUUGCCUCGUGAACUCUAGCCACAUGACAUAGCGAGAACUCCCGAAUACAUCCAUUAUCAUACCAUCUGUUGUAAAUAACAAUCCAUGGCAGUACGAUCAACAUUGGAUAAUUUCCCAAAUUUUGAUUCGAAAGCGAAAACCAAAAAUCAAACCAAAGAGAAAAUGCAUCGAUGGCAAAUUUUGGCGAUCGGAUCCCAAUAUUGGUGCAGUUGCCUUUGUAUAAACAGCAUCUAAUAAACCAAUAAUAGGCUGUGAAUGACAUUAUUUAGGUAAUAACGCAUUCUUCGAGGCAAACGCGAUCGCCCUGACGAUUGGUCAGUUGCCGAAGAGCGCAAGCGCACAGAGUACAGUAUUGAUCACCGCUGCCGCACACUUAGUUCAGCGCUAUCACGUUUUAAUAUACAAUUGCAACGGGAAGUGGCGUCCAAAACCAUCCCACUAGCAGCUUUGCCUACAGAGCAUCAUCAUCAAGUCAGUAGUUGCGAUUACUGCGUCGCAUCAAUACCUACAGCAAUCAAAUGUUUACUGCCGUCGGCGGUUAGUCGAUCGCGGUGACCUUUGAGCCACUUGAUAGUUGACAGUGAGAAUCAUUCCGGUGCAGGUGUAAUGCCGAUGUUUGUCAAUCUGCUUCUGUUUGCGCUCGGUGCAGUUUCACCGGUGGCGCGAGCCAAUUUGUGCCACCAAUUUAGGACGCUUCCCGAACCGGGUCCGUGCAACUGUACCAUCGAUGGACAAGUGUGGUGCUCUGAUUUUCGGUUGGAACAAUCAUGUCUUAAUCGGAACGAUCACACCUUACUAUGCAUUAACUGUGAUGGAGGAAACUUAAACACGAACCUGACGAUGCCGUUUGGCGUCGACUUUAGUGCGAUAAGAAAACUAGAAGUGUACUCUUGCCUGGUGAAUGCCCCCCUAAAGGACACUCUGGACAAGAUCGGAAUACGUGAUGUGCGAGCGGUGCAGUUCUACGAUGGUACGCGAUUCGAACAUCAGUUGCCGUUAAGUGGGUUGAACUUGACAAAGGUGAAAAUAUACGCCGAGAAUAUAACUCUGAGUGACAACGAUUUGCUUCCGGAUAGUGAACAGUUGGAAGAGUUUUACUUACAGGGCAGUUCAAUUAGUGUGAUACCGAAUAACUUUCUUGCGAACAAACCGUUCGUGAAACAAAUCUUCAUUGCAAACAAUAGCAAACUGAGUGAUCUUCCUGAAAUAUUUGCCAUCCCGUCGUUACAUAAGUUACAUUUACAGCAAAACAACAUUGCAAGAAUAACGUCGACGGUAUUUUCCGUGCUAAGGAACUUGACGGUGCUCGAUCUGAAAGCCAAUCCAAUCAAAUGGGUGGCAGAGGACGCUUUUCGAAACAACCGAGCUUUGAUAUGUUUACACUUGAGAUUCGACGAUGGGCAGCUGCCGGAGCACGUUUUUGAGCCACUGGAGUCGCUCACAGAGCUGCGAAUUGUUGGCGGACGAUUGCAGAUCAUUCAGGAGCAGCUGUUCCGCAAUCAAAGCCGCCUUACGAUACUGGAUUUGAGUGACAAUCAAUUGGCACAACUGAAAGGACCCAUCUUUGCCAAUUUGAACGUCCUCGAGGAUCUAGAACUAGCCAAAAAUCAGCUCCAGUCCAUUACCAAGGAGAUCUUUCCUAAACUAAACAAACUAAAAAAGAUCAACCUGAACGGAAACAUGUUCACCGACAUUUCGUCCAACCCAGAGUCCAUCUCUCCCUUCGAUAGGUUGAACCUGUCCGAGCUAUCACUCGAAUCGAACCAACUAAGCAACAUUGGCUUAUGGGCCGACAAGUCCAGUCUGAAGGUACUGAAAAUGAGCAAAAAUCUACUGACCAGCUUAGACGUCAGUGUCAUUCCCGAAACAUUGCGCGAGUUGGACCUAUCCUACAAUAGUAUCCAACAUGUACACGUCAGCGACGAAACUCUGAACAGCAACCAGCUUCAACUUAAGCUAAUACUCAAGGGAAACUCGCUGAGUUACGAUUGCCGGUUGAUGAAUUUCGUUCGAUUGGUUCUAAGGCAACGUGAUUUAAGGGUUAUUCCGUCCAUCGGGAUCGAACAAUUGAACGAAGAGCAAUUAUUCUGUGAUCUGGAGCAGCCUUUAUGUCCGAAGGAAUGCCACAGCUGUCGGUUGUUCGGACCCCAACGGCAGCUGAUCAUGAAUUGUUCGCACAAGGCAUUGGAAGCGAUACCGCGGAUCCCAACGGAGCUGCAUCUAAAUGCAUCAUCGGUCGUUCUGGACGUUCGCAACAACUGUAUUCGACUGCUUCCAAAGCUCGAAAGCAAUCCCGGAUUCGGACUGGUGAAUUCUCUGCUAAUGGAUAACAAUCUGUUCGAAAGCUGGAGUGUGGCAAAUUUGCAUGACAACCUCACAUCGAUCUCUCUGAUAAACAAUACUCUCCAAAAUCUGGAUAUGAAGCUGGUAGAUGCAAUUAUGGCGCUGCCGGAACUUAAACAAAUUCAUCUACACGGUAAUCAUUGGCCUUGCCACUGUGCGCUUGCCAACCGGAUGCUUCUCCUUCAAUCCAAGAUCAGCAACUUCAACACCCUAACCUGCGGUGACUCCGGACGAUUACUGUCGACGAUUGAACAAUCAUGCGAGAAUCAAAUGUUCGCUCUAACCUCGAUCUCAUUCCUUACCCUCAUGCUGAUCGCAGUUGGAUUCGCGAUCUACUAUCGCUACCAAAGGGCAAUCAAAACUUGGCUCUUUGUCAACCAUCAGUGUCUGAGUUGCGUUUCCGAAGUGGAAGCGGACGCCCAUUUUAAAUACGAUGCAUUCAUUUCAUACUCCCACCACGACGAAGACUUCGUAGCCAGCGAGCUCGUUCCGGCCCUGGAAGCGGCUCCACAAAAGUUCCAACUUUGCAUUCACGUGAGAGAUUUCAUCGUCGGAAUGCCAAUUCAAUCGCAAAUCAUCCAGGCCAUCACCAACUCGCGGCGUACGAUUGUCUACGUGACGAAGCACUUCCUGCAGUCGGAAUGGACCCGGCACGAGUUUCGGUUGGCGUUCGAUCAAUCGCUCCGGGAGAACCGGACGAGAUUGAUCGUCAUCCUGGCCAGUGACGUCAGCAAACGGUUGGAUGAACUGGAUCCUCAGCUGAGGAUGUUCUUCAGUACGACAACGUAUCUGCGGAAGGAUGACGUGGCCUUUUGGCGAAAGCUGCUCUAUGCAAUGCCUCGCCGCGAUGUAGUCACAAUGAAACAGGAACGGAAGGCUCAGAAAGAGGAGCAUCGAUGGCGAAACAGUUCGCUGAGGGAGGUAAAUCUAAAACGGGAGCAGAAGGAUGUGGCGGAUGUGAAGUUGUAAUAAAUAGGGUAAACAAUACGCAGUUGGGGUUUUCUGAAUCCGAAAGCCUCGAGUCGUCCCAACUGGAAUGCCCAGUCGAUACUUUUAAAUAUCAAUGUCCAAAUAUUUUACGAUGGCCUUAAAAAUAAGUGCUUCAAGUGUACAUUUUACAUCUAGGACUUAAGCCCCAAAAGAACCAUGCC